AUGGCACCUGUGCAGAACGGCGAGAAGAUUAACGGCGCCCACGUGGUGAACACGGUCAGCCAUGCGAGCUCGACACCCUCGAUCGACACGGGCGAGAAGGUCGCAAGCCGAGCGAAUCCCAAGCCCACUGCACUCAAACUCGCGCCGACAAACGCCGACAGGCAUGGUGUCGCUAAUGCUUUUGAACGGUAUGCCCAGGUGAUCCACGCGAAGGUCCAACCGCUCCCGAACCAGGCUCCGGGCGGUGCUGGCACCGAACCAAAACGAUGGGGCAAAAUCAAGAACGACAUCAAGACGCUGCGAGCUCCCGAUUGGAAGGCCUUGAAGACUUUCAUCAUGGCCAAGAUCAAGGGCGAGAAAUUGAUCGACGACAAGACCAUGAUCAUGGAACGCAUCAUCCAGCUCGUUUCGAACCUGCCGAGCGACUCAAGGAUGCGCGCUGAGUUGACCAACAAGUUCCUUGGCGAGCUCUGGUACUCGCUCGAGCACCCGGCUCCGUCGCUGUAUGUUGGCGAGAAGUUCCAAUACCGGCAGGCCGACGGGUCGUAUAAUAACCUGAUGUUCCCGCAGCUCGGCGCUGCUGGUACCGCAUACGCGCGCUCUGUCCAGGCCAACAUCCUGCGACCAGGCGCCCUUCCCGAGCCCAGCCUGAUCUAUGACUCGGUCAUGAAACGGACCGAGUACAAGAAACACCCAAACAACGUCUCCAGCAUUCUCUGGUACUGGGCCACCAUCAUUAUUCACGACCUCUUCUGGACCGACCACAAGGACGUGACCCGGUCCAAGACGUCCUCAUAUCUCGACUUGUCUCCGCUUUACGGCAGCAAUCAGGCGAUGCAGGACACCAUCAGGACUUUCAAGGACGGCAAGCUCAAGCCCGACUGCUUUGCCGACAAGCGUCUUCUGGGCAUGCCCCCUGGAGUCGGCGUGCUGUUGAUCAUGUUCAACCGGGUCCACAACUACGUUUGCGACAACCUCAUUGCCAUCAAUGAGGACCGCAAGUUUACCCCGCCGUCGCCGUCGCUCGAAGGAGAGGAGGCAGCGGCAGCAUGGAAAAAGUUCGACAACGAUCUGUUCCAGACUGCGCGUCUCAUCACCUCGGGCCUCUACAUCAACAUCACGUUGCUGGAUUACGUGCGGAACAUUGUCAAUCUCAACCGUGUCGAUACUACCUGGACCCUCGACCCCCGCCAGGACACCGGCAUCGCCGCCGGUACCAGCCAGGGCGCCGAGCGUGGAACAGGCAAUGUAGUCUCGGCCGAGUUCAAUCUUUGCUACCGCUGGCACAGUUGCAUUUCGGAAAAGGACGACAAAUGGAUCGAAGAAUUCUACCACGAUUUUUUUGGCAAGUCCCCAUCGGAGCUGACGCCCCAUGACCUCUACACGGGAUUCGCCAAGUUCGAGGGUAGGCUCCCUGAGGAUCCGCUCCAGCGGCCCUUCAACAAGUUCAGCAGGGGACCCGACGGCAAGUACAGCGACGACGAUCUGGUCGAAUGUAUCACAUCCGCCGUGGAGGAUUGCGCUGGUUCUUUCGGUGCGCGGAACGUGCCCGCCUCCAUGCGGGCCAUUGAGAUCUUGGGCAUCAUCCAGGCUCGGAAAUGGAACGUCGCGGGGCUCAACGAAUUCAGGCGUCACUUUGGGCUGAAGCCAUACGAGUCAUUCGAGGACAUCAACUCGGAUCCUGGCGUUGCCGAAUCCCUGCGCCGUCUGUACGACCACCCUGAUUUUGUGGAGCUGUACCCUGGCAUAGUGGCCGAGGAGCACAAGCAGCCCAUGGUGCCCGGUGUGGGCAUUGCGCCGACCUACACCAUCUCCCGAGUCGUGCUCUCGGAUGCUGUUUGCCUCGUUAGGGGUGACCGGCACUACACGCUGGACUACAGCCCUCGCAACCUUACCAACUGGGGAUACAACGAUGUGCAAUACGACUUGAACAUCAACCACGGAUGCGUCUUCUACAAGUUGUUCAUCCGGGCAUUCCCUCAUCAUUUCAAGUACAACUCGGUUUAUGCGCACUACCCUAUGGUGGUGCCGUCUGAGACGGAGAAGAUUCUGAAAGACCUCAAGCGAGACCACCUGUUUGACUUUAGCCGACCGACACGGAUUGCCCAGGCCAGUGAGAUCGCAUCGCCCGAGGGCGUCGCUCGGGUGUUUGGCAACCCUGAGCUGUACAAGGGGACAUGGCAUGCGAACGCCGGGCUUCUCGACCCGUCCAUCGCUAAGCUCUCUGGGGACGCAACCACCCACGACACUCGCCGCCGCGAGGUGAGCCAGUCGCUUGGGACUGCCGACGUUAUCUCUCAUGUGAAGUCCUUUUACCGGAAGACGACCGAGCAGCUGCUCAAUAGCCAGAGUUACCUUCUUGCUGGCCACAGAAUGGCGGAUCUCGUCCGCGACGUCGCCAAUAUUGCUCCGACCCACUUCGCCUCGAGUCUGUUCGAUCUUGGUCUGCGGACCAAAGAGAGCCCCAAGGGCAUCUACACCGAACAUGAGCUCUACGCCGUGCUGUCAACCGUCGCGGCAGUUCUCUUCACCAACCCCGACCCUGUCCGGAAGUUCCCGUUGGUCGAGGCAGCCAAGACUGUGGCAGGUCAGCUGGCGGCCGUCAUUGAGCGCACGGUCAAGAGCCCGAGGACGAAGAACGGUGACGCGCUGAGCGCAUACGGUGCGCAGCUCAUCAGGGGUUUGUCCAAGGCCGGCGUCAGCAACCACGACAUCACCUGGAGCCAUGUCCUCGCAACCUGCGCCGCCAUUGUCCCCUACCAAGCCAAGCUGUUCGCUGAAGCAGUAGACUUCUACCUCUCUCCAAGGGGCGCAGCGCACCGUGAAGCGAUUCAAUCUCUCGCUGCUCAGCCUCCCUCGGAGCAGACCGACGCCCUCCUCCUGGGCUACGCCCUCGAAGGCAUCCGCCUCUCCGGCUCGACGAAGCUUCACUUUCAGAGUGCGGCAGCCAACUCGGUUUCGGCGCAAGACGGCACUGAAAUCGUCGUCCAACCGGGUGACCAUGUCGUUGUCUCCUCUACACCCUCAGACGACGACACCGUCGACCCCUCGCGCCCCCGCGAGAGCCACAUCUACUUUGCCGCGCUGCCCAGCAGCUCGUUCCUGGCCGGCGGGCGCGAGAUGAGCGAAGCCGCGCUGACCGAGAUGUUCCGGACGCUGUUCAAGCGCAGGAAUGUGCGGCGCGCUCCCGGCCCGCAGGGCGAGCUGAAGAAGGUUGUGGGUGUGCGCGGCGAGGGCGUGGUGGAGUACCUGCGCGAGGACUGGGGCGCCAAGGGCGAGUGGCCUGUUACGAUGAAGGUGUGUUGGGAUGAGUGA